GAAAAAAAAUUAAAGAAGAAAGUUUUAUGGACGAUGUUGGAUUUACUGUAGAAAAUGCACUAAAAGAUGUGGGUCACAUUCAAAAAUUAGCCAAAGAUUCGGGCGCUCAUCUUCCCACAGCAGAAUUACUUCACAAGCAUUUGAAUUAUGUUAAAGAAAAUGUGAGAGAUGAUAUUGAUUGGAGUAGUAUUUGCGGAACUGUUAGA